CUUCUUCUUCUCAAACCAUUUCUCUCCUAAUGUUCUUUUGAUUUUUCUCUAUGGCUUCUUUCCACCUUCUUUUCCCUCUUUUCCCCCUCCAUUUAGGGUUUCAUUUUAAAAGUUUUGAACCUCUCCUCAAAGCUUGGAUUUGAAUUCCAACACAAUCUUCUUCCCCAAAAGCAAAGUUCAACAAAAUCUCACAAUUACUUCAUUUUUCAAUCCAGAAGGGAGAAAAAAAUGUCUAAUAAUAAAAUGAAAGGCCUUCUGAAAGGCCUCAGAUACAUUUCUCAAAUAUUUGAUAAUGAGAAAGAACCUGAAAUGCAGAUUGGGUUUCCAACAGAUGUGAAACAUGUUGCUCAUAUUGGAUGGGAUGGUCCUUCCGUCAAUUCUCCAAGCUGGAUGAAUGAAUUCAAACAUCCAAACAAUGGAGAUAUCAAACAAGAUGCCUCUGCCCAAUGUGUUUCUCAAGGAAAUGUAAUUGGAAUAGAUUCAAAAAGAGACAUGGCAGUUACAAGUCGGGACAUGCCGGAGCUACCAAAAUCAUCAAAACGGCAGUCGUCGACCGUCGGGGGAAGCGUGGCGGAGUCUCCGACGAUGAGAGAUAAAUCGGAGAAGGUAAAGUCAAAGAAGUCUUCAAAGGCGAGGGAAUCUUCUUCAUCGGAUAACAUCGGACCCUCGCGCCGGAAUUCCGAUCUGAACCAAGGCAGUGAAUCGCCGACGGAAAGCCUCCCUGGAGUUCCUAAGAAAGGGCGGCGAAAGAAAUCAAAGGAGGAAGGAUCAACGAAAUCGAGAUCCAAAGCCACGGCGGCGGAGACCUGCUCGUCUCAGUUCUCCAAUAACGCAUCGGACGUGGGAUCCAUCUCCAGAUCCAACGACGAUGACUUGUUAACCGGAGAUGGGGUUUUCACAUGAAAAUUAACUAAUAAAAUAUUUGCUUUUGGGGAAGAAAGAAAAAAAGGGGAGAGGGGCAAUUAUGUAGUUUACUAAGGUAGUAGGUACUUUAGGGUAAUUUUAUAGUUUUACUUUUACUCUUUUUUUUUUUUUUUGGGUUAAGGAAAGUUUAUCAUCAAACCUAUUAAAGUUUUUUUCUUUUCUUUUCUUUUCUUUUUUCAAUUUCUAAUUUCUUUUAAUGGGGGACAGAAUUGAAAAGUAAUAUACCUUUUGUUCAUAUCAUCUAUCA